UACGGCGGAGAUGAGGUGGGCGCGCUCGUCUUCGACAUCGGCUCCUUCUCCGUCCGCGCGGGCUACGCCGGGGAGGACUGCCCCAAGGCCGACUUCCCCACGACCGUGGGGCUGCUGGCCGCGGAGGACGGGGCCGGGCCGGAGCUGGACGGGGAGAAGGAGAAGAAGGGGAAGACCUUCCACAUCGACACCAACGCCCUGCACGUGCCCCGCGACGGCGCGGAGGUCAUGUCGCCCCUCAAGAACGGCAUGAUUGAGGACUGGGAGUGCUUCCGAGCCAUCCUGGACCACACCUACAGCAAACACGUGAAGUCUGAGCCGAACCUGCACCCGGUGCUCAUGUCGGAGGCCCCGUGGAACACUCGGGCCAAGCGCGAGAAGCUGACGGAGCUGAUGUUUGAGCAGUACAACAUUCCCGCCUUCUUCCUGUGCAAGACAGCCGUACUCACCGCCUUUGCAAACGGACGCUCCACAGGCCUGGUGCUGGACAGCGGGGCCACCCACACCACCGCCAUCCCUGUGCACGACGGCUACGUCCUACAGCAAGGCAUCGUCAAGUCGCCCCUGGCUGGGGACUUCAUUUCCAUGCAGUGCCGGGAGCUCUUCCAGGAAAUGGCGAUCGACAUCAUCCCCCCCUACAUGAUCGCAGCCAAGGAGCCCGUGCGGGAGGGAGCGCCCCCAAACUGGAAGAAGAAGGAGAAGCUGCCCCAAGUCUCCAAGUCCUGGCACAACUACAUGUGUAAUGGAACAUUCCAGCAGAUGUGGAUCUCCAAGCAGGAAUACGAGGAGGGGGGGAAGCAGUGCGUGGAGCGGAAGUGCCCCUGA